AUAAAAUGGUUGUUUAGGAGUAAGAUAAGGGGAGUGCUUAUACAGCUGUGGAUUUCUACUUGCAGCUGAAAGUUUCAUAAAAUAGAAUAGAAGAAAUGAUCAGUCUCCUCAGGCUAAAUGUUCUAUUAAUUCUCUGGAUCUCGGCAAUGCAGAUGUGGAGAUGUUACCCUCUUGUCCCUUCUACGCUGUCUGGGAACUCUGAUUACUGUCUCCUCCUGCUCAAUAGUUGCCUAGCCAAGGUGGAUGGGUCCGAAGAACUAGCAUUGUUAAAGCCUUUUCUGGAGAAGUCGUAUAUUAAGAGGUCCUUUCGGAAUGGGGUUGGCUCAGGAAUUAAAAAAAAUUCCUAUCAAAGAGCCAAGUCAUAAGCAAGUGCUGGAGGAAAUACAUACAAAUCAGAAUGUAUAAAGUUAAACUGGAUGUGCUUUAAAAUUGUUUGUACUGCAUUUUUAGAUGGGGAAUGGAGCCAACAGAGACAAAUGUAUCAGCGUGUUCAUAAUGUAAACAGAUGUUUAUUUGAAAUGGUACAAGCAAAGUGAAGCAAAUGUGAUUGUUCAAAGGCAUUUCUUUAAAAAAAAAUAACAGCAUACAUUUUUGCAUUGAUAUAAAAAGUGUUUUUGGUUUCAAUCCACCUGUUAACAGAUGUCUUAACACAAAUAUGGGCCUUGUGUUUUGUUAUGAACCAUUUGGAACCUGUUGUGAAGAAACCAAUUUAAUAAUCUGAAUGUGCUCAUCUCUAGUACACAGAAGCGCUAUUUUGUAAUUUUGCUGACACAGUACUCAUUUACAUGAAACCAUUUUAGUACAAUCUCAUUCAUAGAAAGCACUAGGUAUAUGGAUAAAUGGAAGUUGCAUGGAACAGAAAGCCAAACUCAAUUUGCAGGGGUGUCAGGAAACCAGGCGUUCCUCAAUACAGGUUCUACAAGAAAGUGUUUUGAACUAUAUUUUGGACAAGUUAAGUUUUUAUUCCCAGUAUUGACGCCAGUGAAAGUAGAUUAAUGUGCAUGACAUAUCCUUCCCCUAAUCAUUAUAUAGAUUAUCCUCUAUUUACAAAAUCAUAUAUUCAGAUGAGCCAACUAUCAACUAAUGGGUGUGCUACAACAGAAACUAGACUAGUUUCCUCUUUAUGUCUCUGCGUUUAUUCCUCUGCUGUACAAAAAUAGACCUGGUUAGCUGUGCAGUCUCAAAACAUUGUAGAUUUUGUCAACAAGAAAAGGUCAUCUGCUGAGUUACAUUAUUUGUGUGACUUUUACCUUGUGGCCAUUUCCUCAGAGAAGUGAUGUAAGAAUUUCUGCAUGUUGGCAUAAAGAUGUUAUGAAGGCAUUCGAUUAGCUGCAUUCUGAAAGCAAAGCAAACAUAUUAAUCAUUGUAUGAGGUAAAUUCAAAACUUCCAUUUAAGCUUUUCAACAGUAAUAAUUACAUUUGUAAAAGCAGAUGUAAAAUCUGAAUAAUAAAUUUGAGUUGUCUUAAGUGCAUAAAAAGAAACAGCAUCAUCUAUCAUUGUUUUCAUAUGAAUAAAAACUGUGUACAAGCUGAA